AAGAGCAGCCUACCAUCCUUUGUAAAAAGUAAUAGAAAGGAGAGUAGACUAUAAUAGUAGAAAGGAAGGUAGUAGACUGCAGUCUAUGUAGGUAGGCCUAGACUAUGUAGUCUGCUGGAAUCACACACAAGGAAGCAAACCCACUGUAGCCAAGCCUUGACACUGUUCAGUCUGUCUGCAUCUGUCUAUGUCUUUGCAUGUGGGACAUUCUUGAACGGGCAACUAUGCCAGGAAGUUGCCUGUUAGUGGAACGGAACGUUAGUGGAACGGCUUGAGGCUUAAGUCUAAAUUGACGUUUACCCAAGUGAGACUUAUUCGUGUUAGCGCGACUUGCGUUAGCGACGUUGAUGGAACACCCCCCAGGACCCCACGCUCUCCUGCUUGUGGUGCCCUUAGGGGAAGGGAUUUCAGCCAAUGAGAACAAGUCUGUCCAGGAACACAUGGAGCUUUUGUCAGAGAGGGUUUGGAAACACACUAUGCUCCUGUUUGUUAGUGAAGAAGAGGAUACAUUCACUCUCUCCAAACAGGUUAUGGAGAGUACAGAAGCAGUUUUGGAGAAAUGUGGAGGCAGACAUCAUGUUCUUUGUGGACCUACAAGUAAUCAUAUGCAGGUAGGGGCAAAGAGCAGGAGACAAAGGAUGAUCUUGGCCGUCAGAAAGUGGACCUGGAGGUAGUUGGAGAUGGUUACACGAAGACGGGCAUGACUGUCAUGAAGCACUACAUCAAGCCAUUAUUUAUGAUAGGAGCCCAACAUGGACUACUGGGCUCAUGUGUUGGGAUUGUAGUUGUUAUUGUCAGUGUUGUGUUGUGCUAUACUGACUGGGAAGCAGUUACAGCAGCAAAAGACAAUCCUUCAACCCCAGUCCAAACAACCUCAGCAUAUGAAAGGUCUUCGAGGGUUUUCGAUGGUUCGUGUGUUCUUGUUUCCAACCCAGAGGAGCAUGACCACUUUUUUACAGUAGCAAGGGCAACAAGAUGUUCUCUCCCUGUUGCCCCAGGGUUGGCAACAUGGUUUCUAUAUGCAGCAUCGGCGCUGUCUGAGGCUGCGUUGAUGAUAACAGCGCCUUCUACUAUAAACAAAAUAUCGUGGCUGCAUGCGCGUAUGCUUGAUUGGGAAUCCCAGGCUCAACUGACUCAACUCAGUGUGCAAAAGGGAAAGACUGUCACUCUGGAAACACAUGUAGCUGGACUCCAGCCUGACGACGGAUGGAUCUACAAUAAAUUGUGGUUACUGCAGGUGAAUCCAGGGAAAUUACGUUGCACUUUGUUAGAUGAGCGGUUUACAGACAGACUUCAGCUGGACUUACAGACCGGAUCUCUCACUGUGAGAAACAUCUCACUCCACGACGCUGGAGUUUAUCAGUUACAAACCGGAGGAGACAAACUGGCUCAUCAAACCUUUACUCUAUCCGUUUAUGACAUGGUGUCCGGUCCUGCCAUCAGUUACUCCUACCUCCGUCUGUCAGCCAACAACAUCUCUUGUACGGUGGAGUGUUCUGUGAAGAACGGGAGAGAUGUGACCCUAACCUGGUACAAAGGAGAGGAGAGACUUAACCAGACCAGCAGUCCUGAUCUCUCCUCCAACAUCUCUCUCCAUCUGGAGAUGAAGGACCAGGAUGGAGACACCUACAGCUGUGUGGCUGAAAACCCCAUCAGUAACCAGACAGACAAACUCCACAAGACAGAGCUGUGCCCAGGUCUGUCUACAACCACCAACUUUCACAAUCACACUAGGGACCGGGGUGCUGUGGCUGUGGCUGUGAUUGUGGCUGUGGCAUACAGGAAGUUUAAGAGAGGUUGUGAUGGAGAGGGAACCUCCACGGAACAUGACAGUUCUGCCAAGUCUGUCAUCUGAUGACCAGUAAUGCUGUAGGCAAGGAGACACCCUGCUAGCUCUUAAAUGCUGAAGAGUUGAGUUGCUGAAUUAAGGUUUUUCUAAAUGCUUUUCUAAAAAAACAAAAGGAAAAAAACUACUAGAAUUUUGAACUGGUUCAAUGUUAUCUCCUCUCAUUACAUGCAUUUUGUAUGCCACUUUGGUAUGGUCAACAAUUUACAUACACUUCCUUUUUGGUCAUCAUUUGGUUUCCUGUAAAUUGCUUUUCUAAUGAGAGAUAAAUACAACAUAAUGAGUCAACAUUUGAAUGGUUUUCUCGAGAACAGAACAGAAAUGAUAUACAAACAGACAAAUAGAUCCUUCAUGAUUUCUACUGUGCUCGACAACAACAAAAACGAAUGCAGCACACAGCUUUGAUAUCUGUCACUGUUAAAUUGGAAGGGGACCAGGAGUCGGAUCCAAGUGGAGAACAGAACUUUAAUAAGCAGAUUCCAAAGGUACAAAGGGAUAAUCCAAUGAUGUGGUCAAAACGGGUGUGUCAGUACAGGAACAACAGGUAUUGAGGGGCAAAUCCACAGGAGCAUGGCCAGGGCCAUGGGAAGAUCCAAGACACUGGGUCAGGGUGCAUCGUAACAAGGUCUGUCAGGGUGCCAGUGACAGGUUAUACACACGUAGCAAGACUAGAAAAGACUUUGCAAAGUGACUGUGCUGAAAGGCUUCCAGCAUUGGCUUCCUGUCCAACAAAGAAUUGACUUUACAAUCCUGCUGCUGGUUUAUAAAGCACUGAAUGGUUUAGGGCCUAAAUACAUUUGUGAUCUGCUGCUACCUUAUGAACCAUCCCGACCCCUCAGGUCAUCUGAGACUGGUCUACUUUGUGUUCCAAGAGUCAGAACUAAACAUGGAGAAGCAGCGUUCAGUUUUUUCUGCACCACAUAUCUGGAACAAGGUCCCUGAAAGCUGCAGAUCUGCUGAGACCCUCAGCUCCUUUAAAUCCAGAUUGAAGACUUUACUAAUCGCUGUUGCCUUUAAUUGAACCAGAUUAAAGAAUAUCAAUUUCUGCAUCUCCUGCAUUUUAUUUUUUAAACUGCACUGCAACUUUUAUUUUAUUUCUUGCUUUUUGAAUGUUUUUAAUGUGUUAUUGAAUGUUCUUAAUUGUUUUUAAAUCGUGUUUUCUUUUGCAUUAUGUUUUGAUGCUUUUAAUGGUUUUAUGUGAAGCACUUUGAAUUGCCUUGUUGUUGAAAUGUGCUAUACAAAUAAACUUGUCUUGCCUAUAUAGGGAUGGGCGAAUGAUGCCUUGUGAAGCUUUGGACCAUCUUAAUCAAUUGAUUAAAUCCUUAUUUUUAAACUGUU